GCACCCUUUAACGUAAUUUCCGGCUGGAAGCGGAACUGCGAGUGAGAAGCGGGGAGUGCCUGGAUCAAGAUGGCGGCGGGGCCCAUCUCGGAACGGAACCAAGAUGCCACCGUCUACGUGGGCGGCCUGGACGAGAAGGUCAGCGAGCCCCUCCUGUGGGAGCUCUUCCUCCAGGCGGGCCCCGUCGUCAACACCCACAUGCCCAAAGACAGAGUCACCGGCCAGCACCAAGGCUAUGGGUUUGUGGAAUUCCUCAGCGAGGAGGAUGCUGACUACGCCAUCAAGAUCAUGAACAUGAUCAAGCUCUACGGGAAGCCAAUCCGGGUCAACAAGGCCUCAGCUCACAACAAGAACCUGGAUGUGGGUGCCAAUAUCUUCAUUGGCAACCUGGAUCCAGAGAUUGAUGAGAAGCUGCUGUACGACACAUUCAGCGCCUUUGGGGUCAUCCUGCAGACUCCCAAGAUCAUGCGUGACCCCGAUACAGGCAACUCCAAGGGCUACGCCUUCAUCAACUUUGCCAGCUUCGAUGCCUCAGAUGCUGCCAUCGAGGCCAUGAAUGGACAGUACCUGUGCAACCGCCCCAUCACCGUCUCCUACGCUUUCAAGAAGGAUUCGAAGGGCGAAAGACAUGGCUCAGCAGCUGAGCGCCUCCUGGCUGCACAGAAUCCCCUCUCCCAGGCCGACCGGCCGCAUCAGCUCUUUGCGGACGCUCCACCCCCACCCUCGGUGCCCACCCCGGUGGUUACCACCUUGGGACCAGGGGUUACUCCUCCAGGCAUCCCCCCACCUGGAUCAUUCCCUCCCCCGGUGCCCCCUCCAGGAGCCUUGCCGCCAGGACUGCCUCCAGCCAUGCCACCUCCACCCAUGCCACCAGGGGCUGGUGCCCCAGGACCCCCUUCCACAGGAGCGCCUGGUGGGGCACAUCCUCCCCACCCACAUCCUUUCCCUCCUGGUGGGAUGCAUCCAGGAAUGCCGCAGAUGCAGGUCCAUCAUGGAAUGCCCGGGAUGGGCCCACAUCACCCUGGACCCCCAGGGGCAGGGGGGCAGCCGCCACCCCGCCCACCCCCAGGCAUGCCCCAUCCUGGGCCGCCCCCUAUGGGCCUGCCACCCAGGGGACCUCACUUUGGAUCGCCAAUGGGUCAUCCUGGUCCCAUGCCACCUCAUGGGAUGCGCGGGCCACCUCCCUUGAUGCCACCCCAUGGAUACAACGGCCCCCCUCGGCCCCCUCCCUACAGCUACCAGCGCAUCCCUCUCCCACCUCGUCCUGCUCAACGGCCCAUGGUGCCUCCGCGGGGGCCCAUGCGGGGGCCUCUCCCUCCCUAGGCCACAGUGUGUGACCAGCCAGCCUGAAAAAGCAGCCUUCUCCAGCGGGUCUCCCGUUUUCUGUUUCUUUUUGGACAAACAUUCCAGCAAGCGGCCUCUCCCUCUUCUGGAGUGAAAAACACAGCCGCCUGUUUGGCAGCGUUGAGGGUUUGUUCAUCCUGAUCAUUUUUAUUAGCUGUGUCCCCUUGAAGAAGAGCAGGUUUUUUGGUUUUCCCUUUUUUUAAUGGUCCUUUUUGUGAAAUCCAACUGAGAAACUGCAGUUUUGAAAUAAAAGAGGAGGAAGGUUCUCUUUGGAAAUAUCCUGUAA